CACAAGCUUCCACUGUGCGCUGGCAGGUUUUUCUCGCAAAGGUAUUGUUACAAUUUGGAACAAUCGUUAAAAAACUUGCACGUGUUUUCUGAUGAUCACUUGUUUCUUAUUGUCUAUUCAAACUAUAAAAGUCCAUAUGUGCUGUUGUAUGACUAUCAGUUGUUUUUCAUUCCGAAACUCGAAAUCAUCAAAGCAUCGAAACAUGUGGCCCAGGAAUUUCUUUGUGCUCCUUUUUGGAGCUGUGCUUUUAAUGACUAUAGCUAUGACUCAAGCUCAGCCAGAUGUUACUGUUGACCCAAUACUGCCUACAGAGCCAACACCGCCUACAGAGCCUACACCGCCUGCAGAGCCUACACCGCCUACAGAGCCUACAGAGCUUACAGAGCCAACACCGCCUACAGAGCCUACACCACCUACAGAGCCUACACCGCCUGCAGAGCCUACACCGCCUACUGAGCCUACAGAACCAACAGAGCCCACACCGCCUACACCGGAAACUACGACACCUGCACGGCGAACCAGGAGACCUACGCGCCCGACUAGGCGACCUACGCGCCCAACUAGGAGACCUGUAGCCUCCCAACUAAAUGACCUACGCCUUCAAUUAGGAGACCUACGUCAACAGCUAACACAGCUACGUCUCCAAAUAGGAGAUCUACUUCUCCAACUAGUUGAACAGACUACUGGGAGACCACGCUCAUAAGUGUGCUUCAAGCAAUCUCAACAGCCAAUCUAGGCAGCGUAAAAUUGUGAAAAAGCAAUUGAAUACUCAGCUUGUUAGAAAAUUCUGAAUUUAAUUAUUUUUUCGCCUUGGAUUGGUAAAGUCGUUGAGAGAAGCUAAAAUUGGAGGACCUGCUCCUAAAUGAAAGGACAAAUGAUAAACUUGAGACACAAUAAUUAAUGUAUCGAUUGAUUUUAAAUAUAAAUGUAGCGUAUGUACAUGCAAAUAUUUAAUUAUCCAAGAAGUAAUUU